GCAACCCUAAAGUCGCGCAUAAGUGCAUCACAUUCUCGUGUACGCUGUUGUUGAUAAAAAGCUAUCUAUGCUCGAGAAACUACGACCGAAAAAAUAACUUGCAAACUUUGGGUGUUAUUUUAUUUUAACAAUUGUGUUUAUGAGCGAAACAAACGAUAGAUUUUUGUGCAUUUACAAUAUUGUAAAUAAAAGUAAAGUUUUGCUGAUGUGAUAGUCUUGAAAUGUCAUCUUAUAUGGCUGGAGUAUUUGAUUUAGAUUUAGAUGUGGAUCCUGUUGUGGUUGCAGAUUCGGAUGAAGACGACAUAAUCGAAGUUGAUGAGUUACAGGUUGAUUAUGAACCCGAGCUUCACGUAAAUGCCAUCGUAGAGACUGAGGAUUCUGAAACUAUACAAUUAUCUGAAGAUAAUGUAAAUCCAGGGCAAUGUAGGCGUCUUGGGCCUCAGGACUUUGAAUUACGCAAAGUUUUGGGCAAAGGAGGAUAUGGCAAAGUUUUUCAAGUCCGUAAAGUUACUGGUCCUGAUGCUGGUGCUCACUUUGCUAUGAAGGUUCUAAAAAAAGCUUCUAUAGUACGCAAUCAAAAAGAUACCGCCCAUACAAAGGCAGAAAGAAAUAUUUUAGAGGCUGUGAAGCACCCUUUUAUAGUGGAGUUGGUAUAUGCUUUCCAAACUGGAGGCAAGUUAUACUUAAUAUUAGAAUAUUUAAGUGGGGGUGAACUUUUCAUGCAUCUUGAACGUGAGGGUAUAUUCCUAGAAGAUACAGCAGGCUUCUAUUUGUCAGAAAUAAUUUUGGCAUUGGAACAUUUACAUAGCCUGGGUAUAAUUUAUCGCGAUCUAAAACCAGAAAAUGUACUCUUGGAUGCACAAGGCCAUGUGAAACUGACUGAUUUUGGAUUAUGCAAAGAACACAUUCAAGAAGGAAUAGUUACCCACACUUUCUGUGGUACAAUUGAGUACAUGGCACCAGAGAUUUUGACUCGAAGUGGCCAUGGCAAAGCUGUAGAUUGGUGGAGUCUUGGAGCUUUAAUGUAUGAUAUGCUCAUUGGACAGCCACCAUUUACUGGAGAUAAUCGUACAAAGACUAUAGAGAAAAUAUUAAAAGGUAAACUUAUGCUUCCUGCCUACCUCACACAAGACGCCCGUGAUUUGAUACGGCGUUUAAUGAAGCGUUCAGAGACUCAGCGUUUAGGAUCUCAGGGUGCUGCCGGGAUUCGUGGGCAUGCCUUCUUCAAACAUGUUCAUUGGGAUGACGUGUUUAAUAGAAGAGUGGAGCCACCUAUCAAACCUAGACUGACAAGUGAUGAUGAUGUAUCGCAGUUCGAUACAAGAUUUACUCUGCAGACGCCAAUCGAUUCGCCUGAUGAGUCUACACUUAGUGAAAGUGCCAACCUUAUGUUCCAAGGCUUUACUUACGUGGCGCCGUCUGUAUUGGACGAGAUUCACAAACCGCGUGUUGUAACUGCACGUUCACCGCGGCGCCCGAGACUUCAACACCAUCACUUCACUAUUCCUCCGGCUUCCGGUGCCCACCCUCACUCCCAUGCUCAACAUGAAGACCUCAUGGAUGUUCAAGGUUUACCUAUAUAGUAAGUACCUCUAGUAAUAAUUGAAAAAUGAGAAUAGAUAAGUGUUGUGUUAAUUUAACUACUGGUAUGUAUUAAUUUAAUAAAGCGGGUUUACCUCUCCUGUUAACUUUGUUACAUAGAUAUUCUGAAAUUAAAUCAUAAUUGUACGAGUCAAUUUUUAGGGCAUAUAUUAAAACUUCACAUAAGUGUAUGUGGGGCGGGUGGGUGUCUAUCUUUGAUGCGAUAAGCAAUAGUAUUACUCAAUACAUCUUAUAUUUCUACCUCUGACUGUCUUAAAUCUCAUUCUAUUUUUGAGUACGCGAACACCCGCACAAGUUUUAGUGUACGCCCUUGGAGGUUGUAACAUUGUUUUCAAAUGUUGUUUUAGAAUAAAUGACUCCUUUGUGUUUUAAUUUCAUUUCAUAAGUAGUUUGAACAAAUUAUGUAAGUACAUUAAAAUUUUGCAGCAAUAUUGUUUAACUAUGUUCAUUCACUAAUAUAUUUUUAUCCUGAUUUUAUUUUUAUACAGCAUUAUAGUUUGAAUUUAAAAGGAAUUGUUUCACAUGUGAAGUGCUCUAGUUAAUUUUUUAAAACUCACGCGAGGCCCGCCAAAACUAACAUUAGUUAAUAAAUAUAGAAAAUGAAUUAAUACAUAGGUUAGAUAUAAUUUUAGUAUAACACUAAUUUAAUUUUAUUUCAUUUCUGAUGUUUGUGUCUCUUCUUUACAUUUUUUGGUCACUUUCAGUUUGAGUAAUUGAUACCCAGAGUGUCUUUGUUUACUUUUAUAUAAUCUGUACAAUAUUAUUUCCGUUUUUAUUGUAGUUUAUGAUAAUCAAACGAACUUCCUACAAAAUGCUUAUGAGAAUUGGAAUGCAAUAAUAAUGUUUAACUAUAUUAUAUCGUAAUAAAGAUAUUGUGUUUAAGUUAUAAGAAAGAUUAUUGUUAUUUGAGAGUAAAAUAUUAAAGGGUAUAAAAAUAAACACAAGCAUGUCUUAAAUAUGGAUCAAGUGCUGCGUCGUAUUAGUGAUAUUUACUGAUUGUACAGAUUAUACUAUAUGCCUUAAAUACAUUACACAAGAGUUGUUGACUAUUACAAGUAUAGAAUUGACUGAAAAGCUUUUAUUUUCAGGCCUAGAGUAAAUUCAUAUAGUUGACCAUUUUAUGCUAAGGAUGAAUUCAACUACAAAAGAUGCCCAUAUAAUAUAAUAUCGGAAUAAAUGGUACUGUUUUAUACUACAUAUUAUAAUAAAUGUACAUUUUAUACAAGUUACCGUUUAGUCUUAAUCUUUUGGUAGGAAGUAAUCACGUGUAAAAGAUGUUCUAACCCCGAUAUGACAAAAAUAAUAAUUUACAAUAUACCUUGUUACCAUGCUUCAUGAAUUGAUUAAAAUGUCAUUUUUUAUUUUGUAA